CGUACAACAUUCUGAUUCUCGCCCCCCUCAGAAACAGAAUUGCAAGACAACGCACCAACUUCUUCUUGCAUUCUCUGUCCCCUUGUUUCAUCUUCUUCUGAUCGUGCUGAUCUGACAAGAGAAUUCUUUACUUUUGGUUCUGAAAGUCAUGCCCUCUUGGAAUUUAGACUUGAGCGGGACAGCUCGGACCAGCAACGACCCCCCAUCCUUGGGUGUCCUGACGGUGUUUGUUGUUAGAUGGCAAUCUGUCUCCCGCGACAUCGGUAGCCGCUGGAGAAUAUAUGGGUACACCAUUGAGGUAGCGAGAACCUCGGUUGUGCUUUCGCUGGCUUUUCUUCAAUUGCCGGAGGCUCGCUGCGUCUUCAUCGAGCAGGUGCUCGCCUGUUUCGGCGUGGAUCGCCCAUACCAGUCCUCCUUCGCAAUGCGGAUUUCGAGAGCCGCCGAUGGUUUGUUUAAUCUUUAUCCAGAUGGUUUCCAUCUGACGGCGAUUCUAGACUUGAUGACCGCAGAAAGCUCGGAAGUGGAGGAUUUGGUUAUGCGCGACUUAAUGGCGCAACUUGACUCAGAAUCGAGCUGGGUCAUGAGGGGUGCUUCAGAGUCGGCCAUUCUUGGGCUGAAGGAGAAGGUCUAUGCUGCCGAAGAUGGGGAGUGUUGUUCGAUUUGUCUGGAAGACUUUCACAGGGCAGAAAAGGUCGCGGAACUCCCUUGUUCCCACGUAUUCCACCGCCCGUGCAUCAUUCAGUGGUUGGACAGUAGUAACUCCUGCCCCCUCUGUCGCUGUCAGUUAGAUACUUAAGGAUAAAUGAGCUUCAUUGCAUAAUUUUGCUUCCCUUGAGUUUUGCAGUGACUACUUAGCUACCUCAGGUUUGACUUUUGUUAGAUAUCAUAGGAUUCUGGUUGAGUUGUGUGUGUCCUCAACCAAGAAUUUGGCUCUGUGGUGAACGUAUAUGCUCAAGUUCACAGUGUCGAUCUUCAUGUUCUCAGAGCAAUAUAAAUUGUGAAUAUGGUGAACAUUGUGCACUGCUUUUCUCUGUUA